AUGUCUCGGGGAACUCUGUAUUGUUUACCCUACCGCCAUUGCUUGGCGGGAUUUUCAUCUCCAAUUGCGGUGUCAUGGAUGUUCACUAUGACCUUAUUAACCCGAGUGGCCGAAACCGAGUCUCUAUCAUCCUCCUCUAAAUUCCAUGCGGGACGCACGGCGGGAGGCCAAAAAGGUGGAUGCAUUAUUGGAUGUCCCCGAGUCACGAAGACAUCGCCGAGGUCUGAAAUAAAAGAAAAUCAAUCACCAACGGCUAGCAUUCAUCAAGUGAUCUCAUCUACUAGAUACCUUGUAGGAGGGGAGAGAGAUUACUUGAACUUCUCAAUUGAACUAUCUAAAAGCUUUUUUGCUGAGGCUUCUUUACGGGACGGUUUAAUUGACUUUCUCCUUCAUUGUGAACACAAACGGAAUUCUCUUCUCGGACUAGAAAUAUCGGAAAGUAAGGAAGGAUCAAAACAAAGAAGAUCGGUGAGUGAGUAG